GAAGUAGGGCUACCCCUGGCUUUACUGAAUUAACUAGCUGUGUCUGCUGUCUAGUUGGACCAGAUUUAGCUAGAUAAUGGGGUAGAGAAUAGUUGAGCGGUGCUGUGUGUAGCUUGAACUGUACUGGCUGGCAAGAAUCUAGUAAGCACCCUAUGCACUGAUAACUCGUCAGAAUGGAGGGUAUGUUCUAGGGAUCUGGACAGCUGUACAUCCAAAGGAGCCAGGGAGUGCCAAUCAUCUUCUCCCAGUCUCUGACACGCUAAACAAAAGGAGCUAGAACUGGGAGUCCCAGCUAGAAUUGCUAGCCGGAUCUAGACUAAUAGAAUGACUUGGAGGCGUGGUGAGGCCGGAUCCACACUAAUUGAUCGACCUAAAGACGCUCCUGUUCCAGAUUUCACGAAUGGCAAGGAAAGGGUUAUUUUUCAAAACUUUUGAAUCCAAAUGGAGCUGAUUGGACUCCUUGACACUGUCAGCGAGCUUGAGCACACUGUCAGAGAGCUUGAGGAGGACCAGGAAGUCUGUUAUGACCAUGACGAGCCCAGUGAUGACGAUUUUGAGACAGAUCUGGAGAGUGAUUCAGAUGCUGCAGUGGAGGAUGAUGACGAAAUGGUCGAUGGCAUGGCUCCGACUCCCAAACGGAGGAAGCUGGCGAGGGACAAUGGACUCCAAAAAGCUAAGUCCACAGGAAGAUACCCCGUCUUUGGCGGUGUGGUCGGUCCUGUCGAUCAACUUGAUCCGUCUGUAACUCCAUGCCUAGAUUUUGUUAAGUUACUUUGGCCCGAUAGUUUGUGUGAGUACAUAGCCGAACAGACCAACCUGUACGCUAGGCAGUGUGGUGCUAAGGGUUGGUCAGCUACAAACAGUGCCGAAUUGUGGGUGUUUUUGGGGAUUGUACUAGAGAUGGGCAUUCAUAGGCUCCCUGAAAUUACGGACUACUGGUCCAAGGAUCCCCUUUUAGGUGUACAAUGUGUGAGCAAUGUAAUGUCGCUCAAAAGGUUCCAAAGUUUAUGGCGGUAUCUGCACUGUGAGGACAAUACGUCCAUCACUGAUGCACGUAAGGUAACUAGCAAGCUAAAAACUGUUUUAGAGACUCUUAAAGCCAACUACUUCAUGAGGUAUAAUCCCAGUCAGGAGCUUUCCGUUGAUGAGAUGAUGAUAAAGUACAAGGGUCGUAAAAGCGGGAAAAUUCAUAUGCCCAAGAAGCCUGUUAAACUGGGGUUCAAGGUAUGGUGCUGCUCAUGUUCAUGCUGUGGGUAUCUCUGUGUGUUUGAUGUAUACAGUGGUAAGCUCACCGAUUCCUCUGGGAAAAAGAUAGCUGUGAAAGGGCUUGUGAAAAAUGUAGUCCAUCGUUUACUCACUCCUUUUUAUGGUCAUCAGCAUGUUGUGUACAUGGACAACUUUUACACGUCCGGUCCAUUGAUAGAAGAGUUGGCUAAGCAAAAUGUGUUUACUGUCGGCACAAUUUUGAAGAAUGCUGCUGGUUUCCCAGCAAGUCUUAAGGAUGUGGUACUCGACAAAGGUGACUAUACGUCCAUGACUGUUGGUGAUAUUUCUUACUCUAUGUUUAACGACCGUAGAGUUGUGUCCUUUGCAACAAAUGUGUUCCCUGACCAUAUGCCCCACACUGUAAUGCGAAUGCACAAAGACGGUACCCUACGCUCUCAGAGUGUCCCCCCCUGUCUCCCUGCAUAUAACAUGUACAUGGGAGGAGUUGACAAUACAGGGCGUAUGAGGAAAACCUAUGGGUACGAUAGAAAGUGUCGGCGGUAUUGGUUCAGGAUUUUCUUUCAAUUCCUUGACGUUAGUGUGAAUAAUGCAUACAUUCUAUACAGGCACAACUGUGUCAGGGUGGGUUCAAAGGCCAUGCCUUUGAAAGGGUUUCGAUUGGAACUAAUUCAUAGUCUAUUGGGUGUGCCACGUACUCGUAGCAGUGCCUCAGGUCUGGCCAGUCUAAAUAUCGUUUUCCCCCCAUCACAGGGCGCACGUGUGAGUGCAAAUAGUGUCGGAGUGUCUCGUGGGCGCUGUCAAGUGUGUGUUCGGGAGAAGAUCCCUAGCAGAGAGCAGCAACACACUGCAAUGGCAUGUCCCCACUGUCGCAUAAGAAUAUGCAAAGGACACUCUGUUAUCGGACACACAUGUGCUAGCUAAUGUGCUGUGUGACUGAUUUUUGUUAGAUGGUACUCUCCUGGUCUAAAUUGGCCUUGGAGAGGGGAGGAAAGGGGUAUUAUUUCAAUGAUUAAUAAAAUUGUGAUAAAGAAUUCAGUUGUAUAUGAGAGGCCCUAACCCACUCUGUUGUAAAUUCUGUUGUAAUUAUUUUUCAAAACUUUUGAAUCCAAAUGGAGCUGAUUGGACUCCUUGACACUGUCAGCGAGCUUGAGCACACUGUCAGAGAGCUUGAGGAGGACCAGGAAGUCUGUUAUGACCAUGACGAGCCCAGUGAUGACGAUUUUGAGACAGAUCUGGAGAGUGAUUCAGAUGCUGCAGUGGAGGAUGAUGACGAAAUGGUCGAUGGCAUGGCUCCGACUCCCAAACGGAGGAAGCUGGCGAGGGACAAUGGACUCCAAAAAGCUAAGUCCACAGGAAGAUACCCCGUCUUUGGCGGUGUGGUCGGUCCUGUCGAUCAACUUGAUCCGUCUGUAACUCCAUGCCUAGAUUUUGUUAAGUUACUUUGGCCCGAUAGUUUGUGUGAGUACAUAGCCGAACAGACCAACCUGUACGCUAGGCAGUGUGGUGCUAAGGGUUGGUCAGCUACAAACAGUGCCGAAUUGUGGGUGUUUUUGGGGAUUGUACUAGAGAUGGGCAUUCAUAGGCUCCCUGAAAUUACGGACUACUGGUCCAAGGAUCCCCUUUUAGGUGUACAAUGUGUGAGCAAUGUAAUGUCGCUCAAAAGGUUCCAAAGUUUAUGGCGGUAUCUGCACUGUGAGGACAAUACGUCCAUCACUGAUGCACGUAAGGUAACUAGCAAGCUAAAAACUGUUUUAGAGACUCUUAAAGCCAACUACUUCAUGAGGUAUAAUCCCAGUCAGGAGCUUUCCGUUGAUGAGAUGAUGAUAAAGUACAAGGGUCGUAAAAGCGGGAAAAUUCAUAUGCCCAAGAAGCCUGUUAAACUGGGGUUCAAGGUAUGGUGCUGCUCAUGUUCAUGCUGUGGGUAUCUCUGUGUGUUUGAUGUAUACAGUGGUAAGCUCACCGAUUCCUCUGGGAAAAAGAUAGCUGUGAAAGGGCUUGUGAAAAAUGUAGUCCAUCGUUUACUCACUCCUUUUUAUGGUCAUCAGCAUGUUGUGUACAUGGACAACUUUUACACGUCCGGUCCAUUGAUAGAAGAGUUGGCUAAGCAAAAUGUGUUUACUGUCGGCACAAUUUUGAAGAAUGCUGCUGGUUUCCCAGCAAGUCUUAAGGAUGUGGUACUCGACAAAGGUGACUAUACGUCCAUGACUGUUGGUGAUAUUUCUUACUCUAUGUUUAACGACCGUAGAGUUGUGUCCUUUGCAACAAAUGUGUUCCCUGACCAUAUGCCCCACACUGUAAUGCGAAUGCACAAAGACGGUACCCUACGCUCUCAGAGUGUCCCCCCCUGUCUCCCUGCAUAUAACAUGUACAUGGGAGGAGUUGACAAUACAGGGCGUAUGAGGAAAACCUAUGGGUACGAUAGAAAGUGUCGGCGGUAUUGGUUCAGGAUUUUCUUUCAAUUCCUUGACGUUAGUGUGAAUAAUGCAUACAUUCUAUACAGGCACAACUGUGUCAGGGUGGGUUCAAAGGCCAUGCCUUUGAAAGGGUUUCGAUUGGAACUAAUUCAUAGUCUAUUGGGUGUGCCACGUACUCGUAGCAGUGCCUCAGGUCUGGCCAGUCUAAAUAUCGUUUUCCCCCCAUCACAGGGCGCACGUGUGAGUGCAAAUAGUGUCGGAGUGUCUCGUGGGCGCUGUCAAGUGUGUGUUCGGGAGAAGAUCCCUAGCAGAGAGCAGCAACACACUGCAAUGGCAUGUCCCCACUGUCGCAUAAGAAUAUGCAAAGGACACUCUGUUAUCGGACACACAUGUGCUAGCUAAUGUGCUGUGUGACUGAUUUUUGUUAGAUGGUACUCUCCUGGUCUAAAUUGGCCUUGGAGAGGGGAGGAAAGGGGUAUUAUUUCAAUGAUUAAUAAAAUUGUGAUAAAGAAUUCAGUUGUAUAUGAGAGGCCCUAACCCACUCUGUUGUAAAUUCUGUUGUAAUUAUCUCUUUCCUUGGCAAUCUGUUGUAGAAAUUACAACAAUGGGUAAGGAAUCGUUAUGAUGAAUUAGAUGAAGUUGUAUGUGAGCUCCUCCCUGACAAACAAACUGUAGUCUAGGUAACCGCCUUAUCAGUCAAGUAGGCUAAAAAUCUGUGUCCUUUGAUGUAAGCUUUGAUGUCUCUUUGUGCAUAUGUAGUUAUAAAAAAAAAAAAAAAAAAAAAAGAAAC